GACCAAAAUCCCAAUUCUGAACUCAAGAACAAGCUCAAACGCUUUGCCAAAGACACAAUCAGAUAUGAAGGUGGAAAGUGGACAAAAUCAGGGGCGGUCAACAACAUGUUUGCCCCCGAACUUGAAAAAUUCACCGUGGAUGCGACACAGACUGUGGCGGUCAUCCACAAAGGCGCAGAAAGACUACGACCAGCAUCAAGGGCAGCAGCUGAAAUCUACAGCAAUGACCAAUGGCUUAUUAAUGAAGGAGAAAGUGAGAAAGACAUACAACACAUCCUGGAAAAAGUUAAACGUUUUACAAUCUAUGGCUUUGCCACCAGCAAGGAAAUGGACGGAGACGCAAAAGAACUUACAACAAAAACACUUCGACACCAAGCCUCUAUCCGAUACCUUGAAGACACAGAGGAAUACGACAAGGACUUGGUCUUCUCUCCCAGAAAUGUAGAAAAAAUCUAG